UCUCUCGCUCUCUCGCUCGCUCCCUGGCAGGCUGGCUCUAGUCUGGAAGAAGAAGGAAGGCAGGCCGGCAGCGAAGGGGAACCAAGGAGGAAGGCAACCCUGCGCCCACCGCCCGCUCCUUUGGGGAAGGCCUCCAUUUCGAGGAAAGAGGGAAGGGAGGCCCUCCGCCGCCGCCGCCGCCUCCGGGGAGGGAGCCCCGCCGCCCGGCUGGGUUUCGUUUCUCCUCUUCCUCCUCCUUCUCUGCGAGAGAGAGAGCGAGAGAGAGAGGCGCCCUUCCGCCAUUAUCGCCGGGGCCCAGGGGGCUCUCGGCGGGCGCCGCCAGGGCUGAGCCGCCCCUCCUCGUCUUGGGCCGGCUCUCCGUUUGAUGGAUCCCCGGAUCGCCUGGUUCCAGCCAGAGCAGCUCGGGCCCUCGAACCGCCUGUGGAUGCAGAUCUGGGAGACCACGCAAGGGGUGCGCAACCUCUACUUCCAGCACGAGCAGCAGCGCCUCCAGCAGCACCAGCUCCAGCAGCAGCCCCCGACCUCCUCCGCCUCCGCCUCCGCCUCGGCCCCCGCUCAGCAGCAGCCCUGCUCCUCCGGGGCCGCGUCCCCGUCCUCGCCGCCCGGAGGCAUGUCCCGCGGGCCCCGCUGCGAGCCCCCGCCCGACUUCCUCCCCUUGGAGAGCAACAGCAACAGCAGCCCCCACCGCCACUUCCACCACCACCAUCACAGCCACCACCGCAGGCAGGCCUCGCCCCAGCCCCCGCCUUGGGCAGCGCGGGCCUCCCCCGCCUCGGCACCGGCCACCGCCGCCACCGCCGCCGGCCCUCCUCCCGCCCCGAUCGCCCCUUCGCCUGCCCCCGCCGUCUCCUCCUCAUCGGCCGCCAGCAACAAGAGGAAGCGCGACAACAAGGCCAGCACCUUCGGCCUCAAUUACACGCUGCUGCUGGGCCCCGGAGGGGAGAGCACGGGGCCGGCGCCCGGAGAAGGAGCCCCCCUCGGAAGGCCCCAGGCCGGGCCUGAGCAGCCCCCCGCCUACGCAGGCACCCCCUGGAAGAAGGAGAGCGGCCGGGAGAAGGGCGGCUACGGACAGGGGGUCCUCGGGCUCCAUGAAGAGAUCAAUGACUUCUACAAGUAUAUGUCUCCCAGACCGGAAGAAGAACGAAUGCGAAUGGAGGUGGUGAAUAGGAUAGAAAAUGUGAUAAAGGAACUCUGGCCUAAUGCAGAUGUGCAAAUAUUUGGAAGUUUCAAGACUGGUUUAUAUUUACCUACUAGUGAUAUUGACUUAGUUGUUUUUGGGAAAUGGGAGACGUUGCCUCUGUGGACUCUGGAAGAAGCUCUCAGAAAGCACAAUGUGGCAGAUAAAGGUUCAGUAAAAGUUUUAGACAAAGCAACUGUUCCUAUAAUUAAACUGACUGAUUCCUUUACUGAAGUAAAAGUUGAUAUCAGCUUCAAUGUACAGAACGGUGUAAAAGCUGCUGAUCUCAUCAGAGAUUUUAUCAAGAAGUAUCCCGUAUUGCCAUAUCUAGUUUUAGUACUGAAACAGUUCUUAUUGCAGAGGGACCUCAAUGAAGUAUUCACAGGUGGAAUUGGAUCUUAUAGUCUUUUUUUAAUGGCUGUCAGCUUCCUCCAGCUACAUCCCAGAGAAGAUGCUUGCAACCCCAAUGCCAACUACGGUGUCCUUUUAAUAGAAUUUUUUGAGUUAUAUGGACGUCAUUUCAACUAUCUGAAGACAGGAAUUCGAAUAAAAGAUGGUGGUUCUUAUGUAGCCAAGGAUGAAGUGCAGAAAAAUAUGCUGGAUGGUUAUAGGCCAUCAAUGCUAUACAUUGAAGACCCAUUACAACCAGGUAAUGAUGUUGGAAGGAGUUCUUAUGGUGCCAUGCAAGUAAAACAGGCAUUUGAUUAUGCAUAUGUCGUUUUGAGCCAUGCAGUAUCACCAAUAGCUAAAUAUUACCCCAACAAUGAAAGUGAAAGUAUAUUGGGAAGAAUAAUCAGAGUAACACAAGAAGUGGCAACAUACAGAGACUGGAUAUCAAAGCAGUGGGGAAUUCAGAGUAGCACAGAGACUUCAUGCAAUGGCAAUGGUGUAACCUUGAUCGUAGAUAACCAGCAGCUGGACAAAUGCAACAAUAAUCUUUCUGAAGAGAGUGAGUCACUAGGGAAACCUAGAAGUAAAACCUCAGAAACACCAAGCAAGCACUCAUCCAAUUCUUCAUCAGGCCCUUUAUCAUCAUCAUCUUCUACACUUUCCAGCUCCAGUGAUGUAGAGUCUGAUGGAACUCCUUGCAAAACCUCUAAACAGCUGGGCUGUCGCCAAACUACAACAAACAGAAUGACAACUCAGGACAUAUCACUAGGUUCUACACAGAUGAGCGGAAAAAUACCAAGUAGCCAGACAGUGAAUACUUCCAGUGUUGGAAACAAAUCCCAGCAUGGCUCUACGAGGUUAUUCCGCACUUCUUCCAACAAAGGGUUUCAAGGUCCAGGAAAUUCAAGCCAUGGCACCUUGGUGGCAAACAAACAGCACCAAGGCAGCAAAUCUCACCAGUUUUACCAUGGCAAAAAGAGGAAACACAAGAGGGACGCUGUCCUUUCAGACCUUUGUAGAUAGUUUUCCUAUCUGAAAAUGUGACUGUUCUUCUUCUGUGUGCAAUGAUCUCAUGCUACAAGAACAAGUUGGACAGUGACUCCUCAGAUCUUGUCCGGAGUCUCAAGACUGUUGAAAAUGUUGAUUAGCAACACAUUUUAGUUUUUCUUUUCCAGCUCGCCACGGAACAGAUCAUGAAGACUGAUAACUGCAAAAAAGGAGGGUGUUGGGAGGGGGGAGGAAGAAGCUGCUCAUCCGAUAAGUCAUAUGCUACAACAGGGUUGUUUAGGAUAUAAAAAGCUUGAAUGUACAAUAAAUAUCUCCCAUCAGCUUCUGUGCUGAAAUGUAGGGGUAGUAUUCAGUGUGUUUAAGGGGUUGGCAAUGAACUACAAAGAGAAAAAUUGGGGAGGGAAAUAUUUUGAGGGAAACCCAAAGCUCAAACCAGAAAGACUAAAUUUGCGCAUGAUAAAUUUUUAAUUAUUUUUGCAUAUAUUUGCCAUUUUAUUGUGUAUCUAUAGAUGACCGUAUAGGAGAAUUGACAUUUGUAAUUGUGGAUUUGUUAAGACUUUUUACAUAACAUUACUGUUUAAAUUGUAGAAACACCUCUCCCCCCCCCCCCCCAACUCAGGAUUAUUAUUUUUUUAAUCUGAAUUGUCAGCUACUCAUCCAACAAAAACAUAGGCUAGGAAUUGUGGUGGUUUUUUUUCCUUUUAGCCUUGAAAUAAUUUAAUAGCACAUUUAAUUUUCUGCACAAGUUGCUUCUUUGGAGGGGGGAAAACAGUUUUGUUUGUAAAGUGUGCAAAUGCAUCCUGUGUCAACUCUAAUCUUGUAAUCCCCUUUUUGGAGAGAAAAAAUGGGCUGUUCACCUUGUUUUUAAAGUGCCAUCAUCUUAGCCAAUUAUUCCAGCUUAAUUUUUAUCAGGUUUUCUUUUUAAAACAAGAAAACCUGCUACUUAACUGCAGGAGCAAACGUAGCUGUGUUCAAAGAACCAACUGACGUUUGGUUAUAUGCAAAUUUUGCAAUUUGCUCUAAACCAUCCUUCCCGAAAUGAAUAAACUCCCAUGUGUAUUGGAUAGGAAUUCCUAUCAUCCUUACCCAGCAUGGGCAAUGCUAAUGGGUGUUACAGGCCAACACAUCUACAAGAAACCAGGUUAAGAGAACGGCUGUAAAUCCUAUGCCUUUUUAUGUGUGCCUUCAUCCUUAUCUCUAUUUUUUCUCCCUUUUCUUGCAACGCUGUGUCUUCUUUCCUUCUUUAAAAAAGUAAGGAGAAAUAGAACAAUUAAAGACGGUUGACAGCUUUUUUUUUUAACCCAGGUGUUAUUUCAUUCCCUUUAAGAUAUUUUUUUUUUAAUCUACCCUUCAACAGAAUUAAACAGUCUUCAAAUAAUGGAAAUAAUUUUGUAUUUGCUGUCUGUAAAGAGGCGAAACCUUUCAUAUCCAUACGUUUCUUCAUUUAGUUCUCCCAUUCACCCAAGUCUCUUGCAGGGGGGAGUUUGAACAUUUCCUCACUCAGUCCAGUGCUGUGGAUUUUUAAGACUGGAGAAAAAGUUCUUGCUACAAAUGCAAAAUGGAAUGUGUAGAGUUGUAGUCACUUGCAUCGUUUUGCAAAUAUAUAUAUACAGAUAUAGAUAUAUAUAUUUGGAGCACUUUAAUUGAUAGAAUGUAAAGUGACAUUACUGUAACAUUUUUCUUUGAAGAGGAAAGUGUGUGUGUGCAUGUGUGCGCGUUUGUUCUCUAUGUAAGAAUGUGUUUGGGGAGUUCAGUCCGGAGAAUGAUGAUGAUGAUGAUGAUCCUUUCUUUGAGGAGUAAUAAUAGCUUUUAGAUGUUUCUUUUUUAAAAAAAUUGCAGACCAACUUGACCUUUAAUGAGCACUGAUCAAGUGCAAAAGCUUUUAAAGUAAAAUAAUGCAACACGACCAAAAACUGUCAUGAAUGAAAACCAAUAAAACACUAGAUACUAAAGCAUUUUGAUUUCUUAAAGAAGGGAGGAAAGAAUGAAUCUUAGCCACCAUAAUGCUUAAGAACACUAAACUUAAGGGGGGGGGGAGACGUUAACUUGACAAUAGUGUUAAAUUUAGAUACACGUUUCAUUCGAUUUUUUUAAUCAACCAUUUUUUUUGUUAACUAGGCUGUCACAUUAUGCAUUAUCAAAGUAUUUAUUUUUGAGUUUAAAUAUGUUUUAUAACUGUGUAGGACUACCUUCACUGCUUUGGGAACAAAUUCUAAAUUAUAUUAAUCCAGUAUUACUAGCUGCUGUUAUUGAAUGCUGUUACAAAUGUGUAAUACACCAAUCUGUAUUACUUAUCCACACUGAAGGCUCCUUUUAUUUAAUGUUCUUUUCUCCAAAUAAUCACCCUCUUUGUUGGAAACAAAUGUUCUGUCGGGAUGCAGAGACUGGUGUUCCAAUGAGUAUCUGAUUAUUUUAAUGCGGUGGUAGCGGGAAGAUAAUCUUGAUUCCAUUGGGAAUCUUAGGUUUGCCUCAAUUUAUGGUUUUCAUAAAUUUUAAUGGAAAAAUAACUUUUCCUGGACUGCUCAAGUUUCUUUUUGUAAACAGUUAUCGUUCUAACAGAAGAAGCUGAAGACAAAGCAUGAAGGAAAAACUGAGGUAUUUACUUUGCCUCGAAUAACCAGCAUUGUAUUCAUGAAACACUGUAUAUCUAGCAAAUCUUUAUUUAAACCGAACAGUUGAACUGUUCCUAUUUUUCUUUCAACCUGAAGUAAAAAAACAAAAACUUUCGAGACCUUUUAAGUUUUGCCUUCUCAUUUAUCUUGUACAUUUCAUCUCUGUAUUCAACUUAAGUCCAAUCUUUUUUUUGAUUUUCAAUACUUUUUUUGUGAAAAUUUUGUGAAAUAUCUAUAUAUCUAUAUAUAAAUAAAUGUUUCAACACAACAGUGUUUAUCAUUCAUGACAUCUAUUUUUAUUUAAGAGCAUGCGAUUCCCCAUCCCACCUUUUUGUUUUACUAACCAAUUCCACAUGUCCAGACUAUCACAUAAUACUGGUGCUAAGGCUGGAGUAAGGGAAAUGUAAUAAAUAAAGGAUGGGGAACUUUUGACACUCCACAUAUUACAGCCUGUGACUCGCUGAGUCCUUGACUAUUGGUCUUCAGUGUAACUUGAAGUCCAAAACAUCUAGAGGCCAGUGUUGGCCCAUUUCUGCUACACAUCAGUUCCAGGAGCCUGUAGUUAAGUAGUAGUUAGCCCAUUCUUCAAGGGUUGAGAAAUAUGGUGAGAUUCGGAAACAUGGGUUGUAAACCUACUCUUCCAAACUGUUGCAGAAAGAUUCUGCAUGUAUAAAAAGGUCUCUCUCAAGCAUGGCUGUUUCUUUGAAAACUCUCAAGCAUGUUUCUCUGUGGCGUACCUUCCUGGUUAAAGAGAUAACUAUUUCUCUCCCUAGGAGCAGUGUGUUUGCAAAUGGUGAUAAACAGAAGCUUCUACACAUUCUGUUGACACCGUGUUUACCGCCAGGUUUCAUCUACGUAGCACAGACAUUCGGAGUUGUUUUGCUGAAUCAUUACUUGGGCUCCUGCUUGCUAGAGCCCUUUGCUUUCAGUUAUUAAGCCUAUUUUGGUAGAUAAUGUGGACUCCUCACUUCAGGGACAUUAUGCAUACUUUAGACUUUGUCUCAGACCCACCACCUUCAUAGGCAUUCAGAGGCCUUCUUGAUGGCUGCUCCCAAACUGGAGAUACUUCCUCUAAAGGGCUAGGCUAGCCCCCAUUUCUGUUCUCCAUCUGCUGGCUUUUGAACUGGGUUGAUGCAAAUGACUGCACAUCAUCUCUUCAUGGGUUGUGUUUUAAAUCCUCUUCAUUUAGUGCUGUUUUUUAAAAUGAUGACUGACUUGUUUCUAAUAUUGAUUUCCGUUGUAUUCUGCUUUAAUCUAUGUUGGAAGCCAUCUUGGAUUCUAUGUCCAAGACGGGUAGGAUACAAAUAAAGAUUUUUUUAAAAAAAAUUA